GUGGGCGUCAUCUUUUCUUCAGUUUCACUAUUCAUUUCUUUAUUUAUUAAACACCUUUUUCUUCUGUAACAAAAAUAUAUAUAUUUUUUUAAAAAAGAAUCAUCGAUAAAAAGAAGAACACUCCUCUUCUUGAAUGUGCUUCUUCUUGUUCUUUCUUUCUCACUCUCUUAUCUUCUUUACCUCUGUAGAUUUCAACACUUUAAACUGAGUUUCUGAAUAUCCAAAUCUCUGACAAUGGAAGCAAACUUGUUGUCUACACUUGUUGCUAUUCUGCUACUGUCAGUGACUUCGACAGUGACAUCAAAGGACGAGGUUGUUUCCUGUACAAUGUGUUCUUCCUGCGACAAUCCUUGUAACCCCAUCCAAUCAUAUCCUCCUCCUCCACCACCUUCCCGUCCACCACCGUCACCAUCAACAACCACCGCAUGUCCUCCGCCUCCUUCUCCUCCGAGCUCCGGCGGAGGCGGUGGUGGUGGUGGUGGCAGUUCUUACUAUUACCCUCCUCCUUCACAGUCCGGUGGCAGCAAAUACCCUCCUCCAUACGGUGGUGACGGUGGUCAAGGUUACUACUACCCUCCGCCGUAUUCAGGAAACUAUCCUACGCCGCCUCCGCCGAAUCCGAUAGUCCCUUAUUUCCCGUUUUACUAUCAUACGCCACCACCAGGUUCUGGUUCAUACAGGUUUAUGAGUUCUUAUUCUAUUAUGUUUGCUCUUUUCGCCAUCUUCCUAUGUUUAGUGUGACGGGAAUAUCGCCGGAAAAUUACGAAGAAAAAUCAGAAUAAUGUGGCAAGAUCGGUAGAUCUACAAUUGUCUUUGAAGGAUUUAGAUAUCUUUGAUCAUGGUGGCUCAAAUGAUUAUCUCUUACUUUCUUCGAUCUGUCAAAACUUUUUUUCUUUUCUUGACAAUUUGUAUUUACACUUUUCUUGUUAAUUAACAUUUUAAUUACUCGCUAUUUAGAAAUAAAUAAUUGUUACUUUCCAUGCACUAUCUUUUUACACUCCAUUUUACCACUAUUUUGUCGGUCGAGCUUUUAUUUGUGCUGAGAAUACAAUUUAUAUCCCAUUAUUCGUUGAUUAAAUAAUCGUGUCGUUUUUGACGAGCCCAGGGUUAUAGUAAACAAUUACUGUAACGAUAUCUAUUAAUCAGCUAAGUUCACGGCCACUUGUUUCUGUUUAAUCUUUGUACUAUUAGUUUAUACUAUGUAUCACAUGUGAUUGUCGUUAAACCAGA